GCGCUGUAGCUAGAACAGUUAUGAAACUGUCUUGUUCUUUUAAUCGAUGAGCUGUACCCGGCAAGGAAUCCCAGACAGCCUAAUUUACACUUUGAGAGACCACCCGUAAAACGGUCAAUGGUAAUGACAUAAGAGACACAUCCUUGAACACGCAUUUACAGGCCCUGUUUCGAACAUGAUCAAGAACUCCAUCCACUGGUUCCGGAAGGGACUACGCCUGCACGACAACCCGGCCCUGCUGGAGGCGGUGCGGGAUUCAGACACGCUGCGCUGUGUUUACUUCCUGGAUCCCUGGUUUGCUGGUUCCUCCAACCUGGGAGUGAACAGGUGGAGGUUUCUGCUGCAAUGUCUGGAAGAUCUGGAUGCCAGCCUCCGAAAGCUAAACUCCCGUCUCUUUGUGAUCCGAGGCCAGCCGGCCAACAUCUUCCCCCGACUCUUUAAGGACUGGAACAUCUCCCGGCUGACAUUUGAGUGUGACUCGGAGCCGUUCGGGAAGGAGAGAGAUGCAGCAAUUAGGAAGCUGGCUGCCGAGGCUGGAGUGGAGGUGGUCAGCAGGACUUCGCACACACUCUACGACCUUGAAAAGAUAAUGGAGCUGAAUGGGGGUCACCCUCCUCUCACCUUCAAGCACUUCCAGACGUUGGUGGGCUCCAUGCCUCCCCCUGACCCCCCAGUAGAAGCCCUGACCCAGGCAAGCAUGGGUCGAUGUGUCACCCCCGUCUCAGACAACCACAGGGACAAGUAUGGAGUGCCCCUACUGGAGGAGCUGGGCUUUGACACAGAAGACUUGGCUCCAGCAGUUUGGCCGGGAGGAGAGAGCGAAGCUCUCACUAGGUUGGAAAAACAACUGGGACCUGACCUCUCCACUGCAUGGAAGGUUAAUUUUGAGCGUCCCAGGAAGACAGCCAGUCCAUUGCUUCCCAGUCCUCUGGGUCUCAGCCCCUACCUCCGCUUUGGGUGUCUGUCGUGUCGACUCUUCUACAGCAAACUGGCUGAGCUCUACCAGAAGGUGAAGAAGGACGCCAGUCCUCCCAUCUCCCUCUACGACAAGCUGCUGUGGCGUGAGUUCUUCUACACAGCCGCCACGAACAACCCUCGUUUUGACAAGAUGGAGGGCAACCCCAUUUGCAUCCGUAUCCCCUGGGACCGCAACCCGGAGGCGCUGGCCAAGUGGGCCGAGGCCAAAACGGGCUUCCCCUGGAUCGACGCCAUCAUGACCCAGUUGAGACAGGUGGGCUGGAUCCACCACCUGGCCCGGCACGCUGUGGCCUGCUUCCUGACCCGAGGAGACCUGUGGAUCAGCUGGGAGGAGGGCAUGAAGGUGUUUGAGGAGUUGCUCCUGGAUGCAGACUGGAGUGUGAAUGCAGGCAGCUGGUUGUGUCAUUCCUGCAGUUCCUUUUUUCAACAGUUCUUCCACUGCUACUGUCCCGUGGGCUUUGGGCGGAAAAUCGAUCCCGAAGGUGUCUUCAUCAGGCGUUAUUUGCCGGUCCUGAAAGACAUGCCAGACAAGUAUAUCUAUGACCCCUGGAACGCCCCCAUAGAAGUGCAGCGGGCGGCCAAGUGUGUGGUGGGGCUUGAUUACCCCAGACCCAUGGUCAACCACGCAGAGGUCAGCCGACUCAACAUCGAGAGGAUGAGACAGGUCUACCAGCAGCUGUCCAGAUACAGAGGACUUAGCUUACUAGCGGCUGUUCCAACCAAUCCCAUUGAGAAUCUGAACGUGAAUUCAGACAGGCCGCAGGCUGCGCCCUCUGCUGGUAAAAAACAGCGCGGAAUCAACUGCCGUCAUGUCUGUAACAGAGAAAACAGAAGUGUAAAAGUCAGCUUGGAGGAGCUUUCAGGACCCAGUGGUGUGAGACCAGGACCUGUAGCAUCAGACACUCAGAGCUGUAGGAUGACGCAUGCAGAUCAGGGGCCGUCCUCCAAUCAGCAGCUCUGUCGAACAGGAUGUGCCCAUGAGUUUGCUGUGCCUCAUUGCCCCGGUCGCCUGGUGAGGUCCAGGGACGGGUGCAGGUCUGGGAAGAGGAGGCGAGAAUCGGAAUCAGAUGGGAGCGGGGACAACUACUCCUCGUCCUCCGCCUUCAAGGUGCAGCGACAAAACAAACAUAAUAGUACAGAUCGGCAAGAGGAAAGGAUGGCUGUGUCUACAUAAGAUGCUGCUUUAAUGAAGAGAUGGUUCUGUACAUAGACUUCUAGUUGUCAAGAGAUUUUUUGGUUAGAAUUUAAAACUCUCUUUGUUCCUGUCCUAAAUAUGACAUGAAAAUCUGAGUUUUAAAAUGUCUGAUCUCAAUUAUGUAAAUUUGGCUAAUAUAGUAAUUGAAUUGUCAGGGUUAAGAUUAUAAAAUAAUCACCAGCUUGGUUGUAAAUUAGAUCAAAUCCAUAAAGUCCUAUGAUGUAAAUAUUUCAAUUACACAAAUAUGCUUCACUGCACAACAGCAUUUUAUUUUAGCAUCAUUGUUCCUAAAGUUACAUAAAGACUAAUAAUUGUAUUCAGUAAAGAUAAUCUGAACUGUCUGGACAAAAGAUUUGCUUUUGAUAGACCAAUGUUUCCAACUGUAAACAACAUCCCUGGCCCUCUUCUGGAGAAACUGCCAUGAGGAAACAUUCCUCAAAGGUUCACCAGAUUUUGAAAAAAUGUUACCAAUAUUUUCUUAAAUAUCGUCUUCCAGUGUGUUAACUCUGAAAUAUAACAUUAUCAUCACUGACUGGCAGCCAGGAAGUCAGUCUUCAAUUUCUUAACACUAGUGGUCGACUGUUAUGAUGCCUGGUAUCGUUGCAGGUUCUGUGUUUUUGUUGUUGUUGUAAAUAUAUUGCUUUUGUAUGUUUUUUUGUCUUUGACACUGUAGAUAAUUUUGUUACUUAAAAAACAAUACAGAAAUACCAACAAAAAUAGCCUUCAUCAAAAUGCGUACAUUUUAAAUAACUUAAUAUUGUAUUUUAUACACUCGGCUCCUGUGCAUACUAUUCUAUUUAAAUUUAAAUUAAAUGUUUGAAACAAAA